AGAUUUCUGCAAAUUCAUGAAUAGCUUCUCUGAAUGCAUUCAUGCAUUCUGGAUAUCACUUCACUCUGAUGAUGCAAGUGCAAUUCAUAUUAUCACUAUGUCUUGUUCUUUUUGGUCCACUCCUUGUGAUCUCAAUAGACUCAGCUUUCAAUGAUGAUGUUUUGGGGUUGAUUGUGUUCAAGGCUGGUCUAGAAGAUCCAAGAGGUAAACUCUCUACAUGGAAUGAAGAUGAUUAUAGUCCUUGCAAUUGGGUUGGUGUCAAAUGUGACCCUGCAACCAAUAGGGUAUUUGCACUUUUUCUUGAUGGAUUUUCUCUUUCUGGGCACAUUGAUAGAGGUAUUUUCAGAUUGCAGUUCCUUCAAAUUCUCUCACUUUCUAGGAAUAACUUCACCGGGACUAUAAAACCAGAUCUUCUUAGCCUUGGGAAUUUACAAAUUGUUGAUUUGAGUGAGAACAACCUCUCAGGGUCAAUCCCAGAUGGGUUUUUCCAGCAAUGUUGGUCUCUAAGAGUGGUGUCAUUUGCCAACAACAACAUUACAGGUAAGAUUCCUGAUUCUUUGAGAUCCUGCUACUCAUUGGUAGCUGUGAACUUUUCAUCUAAUCAUCUAAAUGGGCAAUUACCAUCCUGGAUGUGGUAUUUGAGGGGACUACAAUCAAUUGAUCUGUCUAAUAAUUUUCUAGAGGGAGAGAUUCCUGAAGGAAUUCAGAAUCUAUAUGAUUUGAGGGAGUUAAAGCUUGGGAAGAACCAUUUUACUGGAAUGCUCCCUGAGGAUAUUGGAGAGUGUUUGCUUUUGAAAUUGAUUGAUUUCAGUGGUAAUUUUCUCUCUGGGAGACUUCCUGAGUCAAUACAAAAACUCACCUCAUGCACAUUCCUCAGUUUGCAAGGGAAUUCAUUUACAGGAGGCAUUCCAUAUUGGAUUGGAGAAUUGAAAAGUCUAGAGAUAUUGGAUCUUUCAGCAAAUAAAUUCUCUGGUUGGAUUCCAAAAUCAAUGGGAAAUCUUGAGUCUCUGAGUAGAUUAAAUCUGUCAAGGAAUCAGAUCACAGGAAACCUGCCAGAGGUAAUGGUAAGCUGCAUUAAGCUUUUGGCUCUUGACAUCAGCCACAAUCACUUGGUAGGCCAUCUUCCCUCAUGGAUAUUUAGAAUGGGUUUACAAAGUAUCUCACUUUCGGGGACUGGCUUCAGCAGGAGCAGUUAUCCUUCACUUACUCCAAUUCCUGUAUCUUUUCAUGGCCUUCAGGUUUUGGAUUUGUCUUCAAAUGCACUUUCUGGUGAACUUCCAUCCAUAAUUGGUGGUCUUAGUAGCUUGCAGGUAUUAAAUUUGGCCACCAACAAUAUCUCUGGUUCUAUUCCUGUGAGUAUAGGGGAACUUAAAUCUUUGUACAUUCUUGACUUAAGUGACAACAAGCUUAAUGGAAGCAUUCCUUCUGAAAUAGAAGGUGCAGUUUCACUCAGUGAAAUGAGGCUUCAAAAGAACUUCUUAGGUGGGAGAAUUCCAGCCCAAAUUGUGAAUUGUUCAGCACUAACAUUUCUGAAUCUUUCUCACAACAGGCUUAUUGGUUCAAUCCCUGCAGCCGUUACAAACCUAACAAAUCUAAAGUAUGUAGAUUUGUCAUGGAAUCAACUAUCAGGAAGCUUACCAAAGGAGUUGACAAAUCUUUCCCAGCUUUUCUCAUUUGAUGUCUCAUACAACCACCUUCAAGGUGAGUUACCAGAGGGUGGCUUCUUCAACAUCAUCUCUCCUUCAUCACUUUCUGGUAAUCCAUUGUUAUGUGGUUCUGUUGUUAAUCACUCUUGCCCUUCUGUUCAUCCAAAGCCUAUAGUCCUAAAUCCCAAUUCUUCUUACUCAAACUCAGGCUCUUCCUUACAAAACCAUCAUCAUAAGAUGAUGCUUAGUAUAUCUGUCCUUAUUGCUAUUGCUGGUGCUAUUUUUAUUGUCAUUGGUGUGGUGGCUGUUACUGUCCUAAAUAUUCAUGUGAGGUCUUCAAUUUCACAUUCUGCUGCUCCAUUUGUAUUCUCUGGUGGUGAGGACUAUAGUUGUUCGCCCGCGAAUGAUCCAAACAAUGGCAAUCUUGUAAUGUUUUCUGGAGAUGCUGAAUUUGCUGAAGGUGCUCAUAAUCUUCUCAACAAAGACAACGAAAUUGGCCGCGGUGGAUUUGGAGUUGUUUAUUGCACUGUCCUUAGAGAUGGCCAUUCUGUUGCAAUAAAAAAACUUACAAUGUCAACUUUGACCAAAUCUAAAGAAGACUUUGAGAGAGAGGUUCAAGUUCUUGGGAAGAUCAAGCAUCAAAAUCUUGUGGCACUUGAGGGCUAUUACUGGACUCCAUCCUUGCACCUCCUAAUUUACGAGUACCUAGCUAGAGGGAGUUUGCACAAGCUUCUACAUGAUGACAAUAGCAAAAAUGUCCUUUCUUGGAGACGAAGGUUCAAGAUUAUUCUUGGAAUGGCAAAAGGGUUGGCCUAUUUGCAUCAAAUGGACAUAAUUCAUUAUAAUCUUAAGUCUAUCAAUGUUUUCAUUGAUUGUUCUGAUGAGCCAAAAAUAGGAGACUUUGGCUUGGUGAGGCUAUUGCCAAUGUUAGACCAUUGUGUUUUGAGCAGCAAAAUUCAAAGUGCACUUGGAUACAUGGCUCCUGAAUUUGCUUGCCGCACUGUUAAGAUAACUGAAAAAUGUGACAUAUAUAGUUUUGGAAUUUUGAUUUUGGAGGUGGUGACAGGAAAAAGACCUGUGGAAUAUAUGGAGGAUGAUGUGGUUGUUCUAUGUGACAAGGUAAGGGGUGCAUUGGAUGAUGGCAAAGUGGAGCAAUGUGUUGAUAAGAAACUUAUGGGAAAUUUUGCUUCAGAGGAAGCAAUUCCUGUGAUCAAAUUGGGUUUAGUUUGUGCAUCUCAAGUACCCUCAAAUCGUCCAGAUAUGGUUGAGGUAGUUAACAUAUUAGAGUUGAUCCAAUGCUCUUCAGAAGGACAAGGGGAUUUAUAA